AUGCACGCAACACUCUCCACUCUUGCCCUGCUUCGCGCUGCCGCCCUCAACGGGCAGGUUUGCGCUCAGAGCCAGACCUCCAAUGACAUGGGUCCCGGUGCCAUGAUGUGGCCAACCGACCGUCCCUGGACCGCCGACGCCGACAACAUUGCCCCAUGUGGCUCUCCUUCCGGCCCUGGGAAUAGGACUGAUUUCCCUUUGACUGGGGGUCUUGUCGCCCUAGUUUACCAGAAGGAAUCCUAUAAUGUCCAGCUAGGCAUCUCUUACAAGGAUAAUCCUCAGUCCAAUGAUGAUUUCUCGGUUCUCAUCACACCAGAGCGCAUGGCUGACAUAAACCCUGGCCACGAGUGCGUUCCCAUUCCCAAUCCACCCUCGGACAUCACCGCUGGCAGCAAGGCCACCUUCCAGAUCAAGUACAUAGCCCAGUUCGACAACCCCUUUAAUCAGACUUUCUAUGCUUGCGCCGACAUCACCUACGUUGCCCCGACCGACUUCAAGACCACUAUACCCUGUUUCAACGCGACGUUGCCAAAGUCGGGUGCCUCAACGACAUCUGACACCGGUACUGGGGGGACCAGCAGCCCGACUGGCGCAGCUUCUUCAGCCCCUGUUCCAGUUCCCUCUACCGGUGGUGACAAGGGUAUGUCUGGAGGCGCUAUCGCGGGCACUGUUGUUGGCUGCGUUGUUGGUGUUGCUCUUCUCGGCGCCGUUGCGUUCCUCUGGCGUCGAAGCCAAAAGCUCGAGCACAAGCUGCGCCAGAGCAGGUCGAUGCGAGGGGUUGCCUGGGAGGACCAAUUCAAGAACAAGAAGUCCACCGCUGGGAGCGGGCCCAGUAUACAAAUGGACAACCGAAAUGCGACUAGCAACUAG